AUGGCAGAGAAACAAGGUCAUUUAAAUGGGGCCUAUUAUGGUCCAUCAAUCCCACCUCCACAGCACUAUCACCGCCCUGGCCGUGGCUCUGACUGUGGCUGCUGUUGUCUCAUUACCCUCCUCCUCAAAGUGAUCAUCACCGUGGCCGUGCUUAUUGGUCUUUUCAUCCUUAUUGUCUGGCUCAUAUUCCGCCCCAUUAACAAGGUCAAAUUCCAUGUCACAGACGUUGCUUUAACUCAGUUCAACUACACCAACAAUAUGCUCCAAUACGACCUUGCUGCUAACGUCACUAUCCGCAACCCCAACAAGAAGAUUGGAAUUUACUAUGAUAGGAUACAGGCCAGGGCAUUUUAUGAGGACCAGAGGUUUGGUUAUCAGGCCUUGACUCCGUUCUAUCAAGGACAUAAGAACACCAGCGCCUUGAAUGUAGUUCUUAAAGGGCAACAAUUGGUUACCCUUCAAGGUGAAGAGUUGACACGGUUUAAUCAAGAAACAAAAAGUGGGCGUUAUGGUAUUACCUUGGAGUUGUCUUUGAGGAUUAGAUUUAAGCUUGGUAAGGUCAAGACUGCAAGGUUCAAGCCCAAGGUUGAGUGUGAUGACUUGAUGAUUCCUUUGAACGGAGAUUAUGUUGCUGGGAAUAAUAACAAGUGCAAGAUCAAGUUCUGA